AAAGCGACAGUAGGCAGAAGUCUUGUUACUUCAAAGUAAAACAACAGGAAUUUGUGUAGCUCACCUGGCUCGGCUUUCAUCAACUGGAGCCUAACCCGGCGAGAUGGCUAAUCCAUUUCGCUGGUGUCGCAUGUCGCACGACUGCGUCUUGCAGAUUAAUGUGGUUCUGGUGGUGGUCGGACUGAUCUUUCUGCUUGACGUGCUCAGCCACCUCUAUCUAAAGGUGGUCAUGUUUCCGGGCCUACGUCUAUACCCGGUCGCCUUGCGCCCCUGGCUUUUUUGGGUGCGCGCUCUGACCAUGGUUGCCUACAUAUUGAACGCGGUUCUUGGGAUUUGCAUGGCCCGACAUCCUUCCGUCUUAAAGUUCGCGGGUUAUAUGCUUAUAGGCUGCGUGGUGUUGCUGUACACAAUUAGCAUUGGAGUGACUCGCUUCAUGUAUCGCGGAAGAUUCGAGUUCUUCGUCGAGAUGCUGGUGCUGCAGAUGUGGGUAAGAAACAGUCUUGGCAAGGUCGAAGUGGAGUUUGAGUGCUGCGGAAAGACCAGCGUAGUUGACUACCAGACAGCCUCGAGCAACCGCACCUGGCCCAUUGGCUGCUGCUGCGGGGAGCAGAACUGCACCGGAUGCACCUCGAAGCUUAGCAAGUACCUGUGGACCAUCGAGAUGGAUGUGGCGAGGGAUAAUAUUAUCGUAUCCGUGGCCUUGUUCGUGGCUAUGAUCGUCAUGGUUUUACACUUUAAGGAUGUGCAAUCCCUCGACGACACUGGUGAUUUGGAGGAGUCUUCAGAACUGGCCGUAGACGACUCGGACGCUAAAGAAUAAGACCCAUUCCUAUAUAGUGUGACGGUCCUAGUUGACUAAUUGAUAUGUUCUUCUUCCUAAUGAAUUAUUUCUUAACACA